AUGCUGGGAUACGAUGAUGACGACGGCAUAGGAAGCCGCUUAUUUGAACCACGCGCAAGCGACACGCACAGAAUGGUCCCCAAAGCAGAACUCGUCGUCUACGACCCCCAAAAGCAGGUCCUCGGCCUCCAAAUGUACUCGUGGAGCAAAAAGGGCGUCACGCCCGACCCCGGAAGCUUCGUCGUCUACAUUGACGGCGCCUGCCGCGGCAACGGGACCGGGGCCGCCCGCGCGUCGUGGGGCGUCUAUUUUGGGCCCGGGUCCCGGUACAACGCGUGCGGCCUGCUGGCGGGGGACCUCCCGCAGACGAACGCGCGGGCCGAGAUUGAGGCGCUGGUGCAGGCGCUGCGGAUCAUUGGCGAGAUUACCGAGGGCGAUUUUUCGCUGUCGCAGAUCAAGAUUGCGACGGACUCGGAGUAUCUCGCGCAUGCCAUGUCGCUUUGGAUUGGGGAGUGGAUUGAGAAUGAGGGGAUGACUGCACGGGGCCGCAAUGUUGCUCACUUUGCGGUGCUGAGGGAUUUGCAUGAGCAGUUGGAUGAGAUGACAUAUGGCGAUGAUGGGGGUUUGAAUUUCAUGUUCUGGGCUAUUCCGAGAGAGGAGAAUAAGGAGGCAGAUGCGUUGGCGAAUCAGGCAUUUUCUUGGUUCCCGGAACCUUUCACCGAGGGUGACUAA